AUGCGCAGUUUAGGGGGAGGUAAUGAGAAGAAGUCUGUACAAUUGAUCCUCAUCUCUGUGGUUUUGACAAACAUUAUACUGCUGCUGUCCAAAGGAUUGCCAUGGACAAUAGCAGCUUUGGGAUUGAAAACUUUUCUAGGUGUUUUAGCCUGUACAAUUACCGUUUACCUGGAGAGGUUGUCUCGGGGUCUGUCCAUUUGCACCAGCAGUCUCCUCACACUGGUCCAGGCCAGCACCAUCAGCCCCAGAAGUUCUGUGUGGAGGAGGCUCAAGCCAAGGUCAGCAUGGCACAUCCUUCCCGUGUUGCUCUUCUUUUGGAUACUCAAUUCCUUCAUUAGCAUGAGCUUGUUAAAUGUUAUCAUAAUAACCAGCAUGAAUACAUCUUACUUUAUUAAGACAGACCUCUAUUGUUUUACUUUACCAAGAAGUCAGAAAAUAAACAAUAUUUUUCUCACUUUCAUGUCUGUGAGAGAUGCUGUGUCUCUAGGGAUCAUGGCUGUGGCCAGUGGCUACAUGGUAUUUCAUCUCUACAAACACCACCAGCAUGUUUUAUAUCUUCAAAACUCCAAGCUUCUCUACAAAACUCCUCCUGAGAUGAAAGCUGCUCAAAGGGUUCUCCAACUAAUGUUUUGUUUCCUUUUCUUUUAUCUGACAGAUUGCUGGCUGUCUGUAUAUUUAAUUGUCGCCACAGACCCUGUUUUCAUACUAGCACAUGUUCAAGAAUUUGUAACCCUUGGUUUUGCAUUUCUCAGUCCAUUUUUACUGAUUCACAGAAAUGGAUAG